AUGUUAUCAUCUUAUCUAUGUAAAUCAACAUCUUCAAGGUGUUUGACGACAACAUGCACAUCAUUAUAUAGCCCCGGGGCCACACUUUUGAUCAGCAACAGGUCAAUCAGCAAGUCAGUGCCGAUCAUUCUCACACAAGAGGUUGCAGGUGUUGGUCAAACAGGCGAGGAGUUGACUGUAUCAAAAGGAUAUGCUAGGAACUUCUUCUUUUUGAAAGGUUUGGCCGUUCAAGCAACUCACGAGACGAGGAAACAAUAUGAAGAAUACACAAAGAACAUCGACUAUAGUUCAAAGAGGACAGAUCAACAUCAGCAGAUGGCAAUGAAGAAGUUAAAGAAGAACAACACACUGCUGGUUAUGAGAAAGCCAAAGACUGAUGGAACAGCAGCAAUCACUAUAACAAAUGACAAUAUAGCCUACAGUCUAAAGAGGAGAAAGGGAAUCGUCGUCGAUCCACAGAACAUCGAAGUGGACGGUAUCAUGGACACGUUUGGAUUGUUCAACGCCACGGUCAAUGUUGGCACUUUGAAGUUACCCUUGGUCGUCAGGUACGAGGCAAUGAUGCAGGGAGGCAAA